UUUUUAUUUUUAGUAGCGUCAAGCGUCAGCGCGUGUUGCGUUGGUUGCACUCGAUGAAUGAGUGAAGCGCAGACGAUAAUUAAUCUGGGAUUCCUGUUUACAUAUAACGCUUGCGAAUAGGUAUACAGUCACACGUGCCGCAGGCGGUCGAAUCGAGAUGUCAGCCUCGCUGGAGCAAAUGUCGGCGCUGUCGCUCGAAGACGGUGGCGACCACGCAAGCACGGAGCCCGACUGCGACGUCGUCAAUCCUUGGAACGUCGUGAGCGCUUCUACGACGGGAAUCGACUACGACAAGCUCAUAGUGAAAUUCGGGUCGUCUAAAAUGACGCAAGACCUCGUGGAUCGGGUAGAAGCACUCACCGGCAAGAAGGCGCAUCACUUUUUACGGAGAGGAAUUUUCGUAUCGCAUAGGGAAUUCAACGAGAUACUCAAUAUCUACGAGCAGAAGAAGCCGUUCUACCUCUACACUGGGCGGGGACCGUCUUCGGACGCCCUUCACGUCGGCCAUUUGAUUCCGUUCAUCUUCACAAAGUGGCUGCAGGACACGUUCGACGUUCCGCUCGUCAUUCAGCUGACAGACGACGAGAAGUUCCUCUGGAAGGACAUGACUGUAGAGGAGGCAGAGAAGAUGGCGCACGAGAACAUCCGCGACAUCGUUGCCUGUGGAUUCGACCCGGCCAACACAUUCAUCUUCACCGACUUCAAGUAUACCGGGCAGUGCCCCGAGUUUUACAAGAACAUAGUGAGGAUUCGGCGCAGCGUGACCUUCAACCAGGUCAAGGGCAUCUUCGGCUUCGGAGACAGCGACUGCAUCGGGAAGAUUGGCUUCCCCGCUGUGCAGGCCGCGCCUUCCUUCUCCUCUUCCUUUCCCUUCAUCUUCGGGGAGCAGUCGAGAGUGCCGUGCCUCAUUCCCUGCGGCAUCGACCAGGACCCUUACUUCCGGAUGACGCGCGAUGUGGCGCCACGGCUGGGUUUCCCCAAGCCGGCGCUGCUCCACUCAGUAUUCUUCCCGGCGCUACAGGGCGCCCAGAGCAAGAUGAGUGCCAGCGACCCUAACUCUUCCAUCUUCCUCACAGACACGCCCGCCCAGAUAAAGAAUAAGAUCAACAAGUAUGCCUUUUCGGGGGGUGGCGCCACGGUGGAGGAGCACAAGGAGAAGGGAGGAAACUGCGAUGUCGACAUCUCCUACCAGUACCUGCGUUUCUUCCUCGAGGACGACGAGCGGCUAGAAAAGAUUCGACAGGAUUACACCAGCGGGGAACUCCUCACCGGAUUCCUCAAGAAGGAGCUCAUAGAGGUGUUGCAGAAGCGGAUUGCGGCCCACCAGGCAGCCAGGAAGUUGGUCACGGACGAGGUCAUAGCCAAGUUCACUACGCCUAGGCCACUGCAGUUCAAGAGGCAGUAGAACUGUAGGCAUGUUGCUUUACUUUUCCAAGGGAUAAAGUUUUUGAAUUUCA